CAGUCCGGGCUGCGGGGGAUCGAUGUCGGCAGUGAGGAGUCUGACAUGGAGGCAGAGGAGGAGCCAGCGCUGCAGACGCUGCCGCUGUGCAGGGCUUUCAGCAGCAUGGACACGGCUGCGCGGCCGGACGGGUCCUGCGCCGGGCUGCCCGGGGGCUCGGGCUGCCCGGGGGCGGCUCAGGUAGCUCUGCGGUUGACCUGGGAUGUGGAAAAUGUCCUUGGUGCUUUACUUGACAAAAGAGGAACCCGUUAGCAAUCUGUGUUUGGCUAAUUGAUCUCUGUUCCGGUAAAGUCGGGUGCUGGCUGCAUUUCUUGUAUCUGGUGGCAUUAAUGGCAACACGUCCCUUGCCCGUCCCUCUUGCCUGAUGUACUGCUGGUGUGUGGCCCCUCGGUGGGUUUAGGGACUUCCAGCUGCUGAUGGUCCCCAGCUGUGGCACCAGCGGCCUGUCCUGGUUCCCCUGCACGCUCACAUGCUGUGGAUGGUGGUUCCAUUACACUUGGUUGGAUUUGCAGUCUCUUGUUCCGGGGGAGCUGGGUCGUGUGUCCCCAGGUCGCACUGGGUCACCUUAAACUGUUACCAGGUGAUGAGUUUGGUCCAGAGUGGCCCGUGCACUGAUUUCUUCCUCAAAGAGGCCCAAACUUUGCACUGAAGGUCAUUAUUGACACGUUAACUUGUAAAAGGACCUUGCUGGGCCCUGGUAGCCCCCUCCCUUCUCUCCCUUCUCUCCCUUUCCUGUUGUCUUUGACGCAUCCUCUUGCAACAGGAACCGAAUUGCUCGCCUUGCCUUUUGUUUCUUUUUAACUUUUAAACGCUCAAAUUAUUUCAAACUGCACUCUAUGGACUGUUCCCCCUCUGCUACCUGCAGGCCUUUUGAGGUAGGAUUCCUAAAACGUGGAGCAUAAGGACAAGGAUGGAGCUGAGGAUUAGGUGUUUGUUUUAAUCAGACGUGAUCGAACACUUGCUGGGGGCACAGUGACGGGGGUUCAUUGUUCCCCGUCAUCCUCAUAACGUGCAGAUAUUCAGUGUAUUUUGGGCUUCCUUAUGCUCAGUGUAGGACGUUCGGGGGCAUCUGUUACCUUCUUUUUCUUUUUCAAGUAAACCCCUCCAUUCCCCUCCCUGCACGUACAAAUACCCCCCUCCCUCGUCUUGUCUCAAAGUGCUUUAGAAACAGAAAACCUGCACGUGGUGUCACUGUCGUCUCCCCUUUAAAAUCAGAAAUAACAUUUACGAGUGUACAAAAGCCCGAGUGGAGUAAAUAAUUUUUUGAAGCAAAAUUGAGGCGCUCAGAGGAGGGAGCUGCUGCGGUUUCAUUGCACCUGCCGGCAGCCCGGCUGCUCCCAGAGACGCUGCGGCAGGCGGCUUCCUCGCCUCUCGAUCCCUUAACUCUGGGCCAGCCGCACAUCGCCGGGGGCUGUCCGGGCAGACCCGUAACGUCAUUUUGAAAACCCAGGCCGUGUCAUCCAUCGCUGAGCAAAUAUCGGGAAGUCAGUGGUUUCCAGCAGGGAGUUCGGGAGCCGCGGGGGGAGGCUGGAGCGCGGGGGCCGGGCCGGUGCACAAAGCCAGCGCUCCGCAGGGCGCGCAUCGCCGGGAGCGCAUCGCCGGGAGCACACCACCAGGAGCACACCACCAGGAGCACAUCGCCGGGAGCACACCACCAGGAGCACACCACCAGGAGCACAUCGCCGGGAGCGCACCGCCGGCGCGGCAGCAGCGAGGGGACGGCGGCGGCGCCGGGCGAGCAGGCGCUCCGUGCGUAAAUCCCGGGCCUGGCUGCCGUCCUUCCGCACGGGCUGCGCGAGGGAGACCGAAACCUUUUGUGCUGGGCGGCGCUGGUGCUGCAGCGGCGGGCAGGGUCUCCUGGAGCACAGCAGCGGGGCCCCUCCCCAGGAACUGCUGGAUAACGCCCCGAGCCCCCCUGCAGCCCCCCCUGCAGCCCCCCCUGCAGCCCCUGCCGUGGGUGGGAUGGAUGGUUUGGAAGGGACCACACAGCUUCAGCUGACCUGGCAGCUCAAAGGAAGCAAACUCGGUUUUCUGCGCAUCUCUGCAGUUCCACACACCCCUGAAGCAGACGUGAUAAGAAGCCUGAAAAAUUCUGCCUGUCUCAGUGGCGAAUUUCCUGCUGACAAGGAGAUGUCUGAAGUUUCUUUGUGUCAUGGCUAAGGUCUCAAGCUUCUCUGGAGUAACAAGUCCCCGGCCUCUCUCCCCAGGGCUGCGGGAAGGGAGAGCUUGUCUGCACAGCCUCUGCAGGGUGUCGGCAGGAAUCUCAUUGACCAGAGGCUGAGAGGAGGUGCCAGGGCAUGUCUGGCGCCGGAGCUGCUGCAGGAAGGGGAGGCAGCGCGCUCGCGCUCGGGUUCUUUUUGUCUCGCCGUGCGAGGAAGUCGGGAGCUGACAUGGCUCCCCAGAGCCACUUGGGGCUGUGCUGAGGGGCCAGGAGCUGCGGAGGAUGAAGGAAGGGCGGACGGAGCGUGCACCGCGGGACCGGCUGUGCCGGGGGAGCCGCGCUGGUCUCGCCGGGUCCCUGCCAGCGCGGCGGCCGCGCUCCGCUCCCAGCAGCGUGCCGAGAUGCUGCGUGUCCAGAUUCCUGGUGAAACGCCUGUGCCAGGACGCUGGUGCUUGGGGUCCCUCACGCCUCUGCUCCUCUUAACACCGUAACGGAGAGAAAAAGCCCUUGCUAUGGUUUGCCUCUUUCAGGACUGCUUGGGGAAAAAAAGUUCGCGGAUGCUGGAGCAGAGCGUCGGGGAGUGGCUGGAGUCCAUCGGCCUGCAGCAGUACGAGAGCAAGCUGCUCCUGAACGGCUUCGAUGAUGUCCGCUUCCUGGGCUGUAAUGUCAUGGAAGACCAGGACCUUCGGGACAUCGGGAUCGGUGACCCGCAGCACCGGCGGAAGCUCCUGCAGGCAGCUCGCUCGCUGCCCAAGUUGAAACCGCUGGGCUGCGAUGGGAACAGCCAGCCUUCAGUUCCCGCCUGGCUCGACUCGCUGGGGCUGCAGGAUUACGUGCAGUCCUUCCUCUCGAGCGGCUACAGCUCUAUCGACACUGUGAAAAACCUCUGGGAGCUUGAAAUCGUCAAUGUGUUGAAAGUGAAUCUGCUCGGCCAUCGGAAGAGGAUCAUCGCCUCCCUGGCAGACCGGCCCUACGAGGAACCACCUGCAAAGCCACCACGGUUCUCGCAGCUGAGAUGCCAGGACUUGAUGUCCCAGACAUCGUCACCACUGAGCCAGAACGACUCCUGCACGGGCAGAUCGGCCGAUCUCCUGCUGCCCGCCGGGGACACCGGGAAGAGGCAACAUGAUCGCGGCACCGAGGUUGCUCCCUACGCCAAAGCCGAGCGCUACAAAGCACAGGAGGACCGUCGGGAGUCCAAGCUGACCCUGCGCCCCCCCAGCCUGGCUGCCCCGUACGCCCCAGUCCAGAACUGGCAGCACCAGCCAGAGAAGCUCAUCUUCGAGUCCUGCGGGUACGAGGCCAAUUACUUGGGCUCCAUGCUGAUCAAGGACCUGCGAGGGACAGAGUCGACGCAGGACGCCUGUGCCAAGAUGAGGAAAUCCACAGAGCACAUGAAGAAGAUCCCAACCAUAAUACUGUCCAUCACGUACAAGGGGGUGAAAUUCAUCGAUGCCUCUAACAAGAAUGUCAUUGCUGAGCAUGAGAUCCGGAACAUCUCCUGCGCUGCUCAGGACCCCGAGGAUCUCUGCACCUUUGCCUACAUCACCAAGGACCUGCAGACCAGCCACCACUACUGCCACGUCUUCAGCACCGUGGACGUGAACCUGACGUACGAGAUCAUCCUCACGCUGGGGCAGGCGUUCGAGGUCGCCUACCAGCUGGCGCUCCAAGCCCAAAGAGCGAAGCCUCUGGGUGCUGCAGCAGGAGACACGAUCGAAACAAAAUCUUCCAAACCGGUGCCUAAGCCGCGAGCUGGCGUGAGGAAAUCUGCAGUGCCGCUCCCUCCCGACUCUCGCUGUUGUUACUGUCACACCUGCACAACUCACCGCCCCUCCUACCUGCCGCUGCAGUCUGUUAGUCCUGGAGCCAAGCUGGACCCCCCUGACGUGGACCAAGACUCCCAGUCUCAUGCCGGUGUCUCCUGGGUCGUGGACCCCAAACAGGACUCCAAGCGGACCCUCAGCACUAAGUAUGAGACCACUAUCUUCUAAAGCAAACACACCCUGUGUCACCCAGUCUAACCGUGCCUUUGCGAUCUGAUCUGUCUGCUGGUCUAAACUCCCUCUUCCUCCGGCUGCUCACUGAGCCCCGCCUAGGCACUGCUGCUCACUGAGCCCCGCCUAAGGUACUGCAUCCGAGGCAGCAGCACUUAGGAGACUCUAGACUUAAACCGGCUUUCGUACCUGAUCACUGCUGAACACUGUGAAUUCUCCUUACUCGGAAACAAGGGUAACGCGCUGUCAGAUCCCUGUGAGGCAGGAGGCUCAGAGGGACGCAGGCUGGGGGAGUCGGAGCUGCGGACCCAGGAGCCGCCUGCCGUUGCCACGUGUCCCCUCGCUCUGGCACUGUGAGUCCCUGGGGCAACGUGACCCUCCCCAGGGCUGGUUUUUUGUUUCACCUCGGACUGAUGGAGACUCUUGUCUCUGUGGUGCACGCGCUCCCUCCUCUUAGGUCCUUCCCGACCGAGCCGCGGCUGCGUGCUGCUCCGGUGAACUCACCCCGUUCUGCCCAGCCCCUCGAGCCGGCACUAACCACUGUGAUGCUUCUGCAAAUAACACACCCUCACCGCCUUUCCUCACGGGGACCCUUCCCACAACCUCUGUCCUCGAAGCCUGGAGCAGAAAACCUGCUCUGACAGGGAUGCUGCUUCGGGCCAGGUGCGAUCGCUCCCACUGUGAGUUCUGUCCCUCUCAGCCGUGAGAUGCAGUUUUGGUAGCAUUUCAGUCCCCUGUAGGAUGUUUUUUCUCCUGCUGCCAAAGGGAGAAACAUGAUUGAAAUCAGUCUGCUGCCGUCCCAAAGCUUUUCAGUCUACAAACGAUGAGGGCUGUAGGGAUCUUGAAACAUCCGUCUCCUUCCAUCCUGGAGAGCGAGAUUUCACUUGGAGCUGGCCCCGUGUCAGUGGGCACAGCUGCCGUUCUGGCUGGUUCUCAAGUGCACAUGUUUUUCCUCUGAGAAAAUGUCCCCAUUUCUGUGUAUCUCAGUAGAAGCAGCUUUCAAUUCCCGAAUAUGACUGGGAAUCAUUUGCAUGAGGCCGCAGGGCACUUGGCGCCACCAUAUGGUUCACGGCCCCAUGAAAGCCCAGCGAGUCCAGGCCCUUACCCCGGUUCCUGCGCUUGCCCUUGCAGAGCUCGCUGCAGCGGAGCUGAGGAGGAUGCCGGUCUCGUGAAUAACAGCACGGGGGCAGGACGCAGCCCGGGCGCCGCUUCUCCCUGGCAUGUUGGCCAUCCAAGCAGUUUUGCCUCGUUACCUCGGUUUCCCCUCGUACAGGAUGGGGAUGUCCUGCCUGCCUGUGGGGCUCACUCCCCGCUUUUGAGACCCUCUGAGAAAGGUGCUGGGGCUCGCACAGCGUGGCAGCAAACCCGGCUCAGCCUCGGGCUCGCACAGCGUGGCAGCAAACCCGGCUCAGCCUCGCUGUCCGACACGCCGAGUUCUUGGUGCUCAGACACCAGAGCGAAGCUGCGUCCUGCGCCCCGACCGCCCCGGCAGGGCGAGGGGCUGCCAGGGCUUUAGAGCUGUUUCCUCACAUCUUCCGUUUCCCCAGACUUGCAGUGAAAUCUGAUGUUUCAAAAUCCCUAUUUAGCUCUUUCUCAGGAAUGGGUUUGAUCUCCCAAGUCCUUUGUGGUUAAUGGCACUGGGCGGCAAACUGACUUCAAACUAAGCGCCAGGCUGUAAGAACCCAAGUGAGAGGACUACAGGGAUUGUUGUCUUAAAGCAAGAUAGAAAGAAGGGAAAGUUCAGUCUAGUAGAUGUGUCACAUGGAGCCCUGAACACAGCACCAGCGCUCAGUGCGGCGGUGCCAUCCUGCGGGUGCCGCGGCAUCGCGUGCCCGAGCUGCUCCGGGCCGGGUUGGGGUGGUCAGCACCUUCCCAAGCUGCGGUGGUACCCCGAGGGUGUCGUGUCCUUCAAAGAGGAACUGAAUUAACGGCAGCAGUGACGGCAGUUCCUGUGCUGGUUGUACCGCGCAGUUGCCUGCACGUACGCCGGAUUUCAGAGGGUCUGAGCUCGCGCGUCUCCUGCCUUCAGGAGACGGACGGGUUCCUCAGCACCUCCUGAAAGCCGUCGCUGAGCAUGUGCCUUGCCGGGGUGACAUCCAGCCCCGCCGGGGUCCCGGGCAGCCCCGCCUCAGCCGCGGAGCUGCACCGCGUGUCCGCAACCCCGGCGCGUCUCAUCUCGGCAUCCGCCCGCCCUCCCCGGCGCUCGCUGCUCGUGUGACUCAAUCACUCAUUCCCUUGUCUUCCUUUCUCUUUGCCUCUGAAAAGCUGAUCUCCGGGCAGCUCCUCCUACCACGGGAAUGUAGUAACGGGGCAGAGACCUAAGAAGCCGUGGCGUGCCGACACGACGAUCGCCUCCACCCGUGUCUGCGUCGGCGCGGGCGCACGGCUGCUCGGUGAGGGCUCCCGCAGCGGGGGACGGGGAUCCCACCCCGGCAGCUCUUGGCGCUUCUGUCACAGAGAAGCCGAGACUUGCAGGGCGAGAGCUGUGUCACCUUUGCUAGUUUGAGACAAAAGGCCUUUCGACCCAUUUCUCUUUUUAACAUGCAGAACGAUACAGAGCAGCUGCAGUUCACGGUGUAAAUGUAGCACUGCAGUUUUUUGGUGAGGAAAAAAGGAAAAAACCAAAAUCCUUAUUUACUGGGAAUGCCCACGGUCCGGUGAGGAGUACAGUAGAAAGUCUUAGUGGUGGGACUGGUGUGCGCAUCUCCAAUGGUACUUAAAUCUGCUUCAGUUCUGGGUGAGCAGUAGAGAACGCCAAGGUCUUGGCAAUAACUGCUCCGGUGCGAGCAGCCGGGCAGGUGAGCCUGCAGCCCGCGUGCAGAGCUGCCCCACGCUUCCACGGCACACGGGAACGCGGAAAGGAGUCUGCGAAGGAUCUUCCAGCCCAGAGUGGCUGUGGCCAAGUGUCCCGAUGGUACAAAGCUCGCUUCCCCGGCAGAGAACGCUCCCCUUGCAAUACUUGACGUCUCCAUGGCAAGGACACGGUUUCUUCCAUUCACGCACUGAGUACCUGCAGCCGCCCUGCCCCGCCUCGGCACCUGUCUGGGUCUGAAACGCAGUUGUGCCCUGAGGGGUUGGGUUGUUGUGUUUGGGUUUUUUUUUAACUAUAUGUGAUUUAGCACUUUUUUGAUACUAGCUCAUUAUUUAAUUAGUGCAACAGUUUCAGAAGAUGAACAAAUAAGGAGUUAAAUUUUGGGCAUUACGCUGAAACAGCCCCUUCCCGAGGAUGAAUCACGUCAGCCUGAGGAUGGCUCGGCCCCGCACGCCCCAGAUGCCACCGUCCCCAAGGCGCUGUGCGCUCACUUUUCUUUGGAGUUCCAGAGCGUUCACGCUGUGGCUGUGGCGGGUGUUUCGCAGUGCUGUUUCCCUCCAGGGAGAGAUGUUCAAAUGGUGAUUUUAAUUCUUCAGAUGCAAACAUGUAGCACAGCACGUUUGUGCCAAUGCCGGCAGGCGAUGCCGUGGCGGGGACGCGGGACCCGGCUGCCACACCGGAGCCACGUGCCAACUCAUUCCCGAUACCUCCGGUGGCUGCUGAAUGCCAGUUCAGUGGAUCUCUCCAGCCGGUGAGGCUGCAGAGAAGGGAACCGUGAUCCCAGGGCACAGACCUGCACAUGGUUAGGAGGGGGAAGUGGAGAUGGGUUUUGUUAAGUUGAUGAAUUUAGGAAACCUAACAUUCCUUGAUAUGCAUAUGUUGCAAUUCAUACUGGUGUAAGUGUAAAUAUUUGGUGUGUCAGCAACAAGUCUUUUUGGAGAGAACGCAAAUUGAACCUCUGCUCGGGAGGAGGACACGGCUGCAUCGGCUCUUUGGAGGUCGGCUUGGAGGUGACGUGGCGAUGAAGACCCCGAUCCGCAGGGCUCGGUGACCCUGGGGGUCGUCCCAGCCCCGCGUGUCAUCCCGCGGGUGUCUUUAGUGACCCAGCAGCUCUGUAGCCAGAUCUUUCUCAUUCACACAGCAGUUCUUUCAGCAGCACGUCUCCCGUUUUGUUUCCAUGGGUUUCUCACGGUACUUGUGCGCUGGGGCCUCAUCCUGGGCCUCCCAGAGUCUGUUCACCCCCCGGCGCUGAGUCUUCCGGCUCUUCCUCCCACCGUGGUUUCGUGGUAUCUGGAGGAAAGUGCCCUGAAUUUCUGGUGCUGAAUACGACUUUAGAACGGCAGCGCAGGUGCCGCGGUGCCUGUGUGGGAGGGCGGUGCUGCCGGGGCCGCGCGGCUGGGACGGCAGACCGGGGCUUUGUGCCGCGCGAGCCCGGGCCGGGAGCUCCGGACGGGUGGACCGGGACGCAGAGUUGUCUUUUUUAUAUAGGAGGGGAUGUUGUUUUCUCGGGUUUUUUUGUUGUUUUUUUUUUUUCAGAUCGAAGCUGCUUUAUCCUUUUAAUUUUGUAUUUACAAAAAAAAGCAAAGCUGAUGUUAGCUGUCUGGCUGCCUUUGAACGUGCUUUGGGGUCGUUCCUUUUAGAAGAAAUUAUGCAACUUUUGUGGGGUACGUGCCCGUCCCCUCCAGGGAGAGGGUUCGGCCCCGCAGUGCGUCUGCCCCUUCCCCGGGCAGGGACACGGACCCGAUGCCAAGCGUCCCUGCGGGCGCGUCCGGCGCGCGGCUGCGGCGCCUCGGUCGCUCCGUCGCUCCCCCGCCCGCUCCUGGAGGCCCCGGCAGCAGUUUCCCGCCUCAUUUCCCCGCGACCCAUGGAGUUCGGGGCGAGCGCAGCGUUUGCAGCGCUGCGGUGUUGCUCCCUUCGCGCUCUCACGUUGGCGUUCAUCGCUGCGUUAUUCUUCCAAAAGGAAUGAGCUGUGCUGCUCUCGCAAAGUCGAUACGGAUGGAACAUUUGUACCCGUGGAAGAAUAACCUGAGGUUCUCUAACAGGGCAGAGAACGGUCGAGUUCAGUUUGCAACGUAGACGAUUUUGCUAAUUGUGAUGUAUGGCGGUGGGACUGAUUUGUAAUACAAAUGUUAUUUAAUCUGUCUGUAUUUUGAUACUUGAAUUUCCUUUUAUUUCCUGUAUAUACAAUUGUUAAUCUGUUCAAAUUUGUCUGAAUUUUAAACAUCUUGUGGUACCAAACGUAACCAAUCUGUGCAACAACAUAGACUGACCUCACUACAACAAGGCGAGAGUGUAAAUAUUCCUGGGCUUCCAGCAGUCGUUUUGUUGUUCUCAUAAUUGUACAACUUGGAACAGACCGAAUGAAUAAACGCGCGUAGCCCGCUGUGCCGCGUCACCUGCGUGAGCCGUUCUCGGCCUGCGUGCCCAAGAAAUAGGACAUUGUCAUUAUGUAAAAUUAGAGCAAGGAAUCCAGACAUUUAAAUGCAGGUUAAAGUUCAGAUUUUCAUGUCAAGUAAAAUCUGGCUGCUGUAAAGUCCUAAAUACACCAGGGAUUGCUAAAUUUA